CUUUCUCAAGUCGCACGGGCCCCGAGAGUAGUCUCGGUCCCCACCCAAGACGGGCGACUGCAUGAGUGAGUGUCAGCAGCAUUCAGUACAGUUACUGACGGCCCCGCGCUGUGAACCGUUGCUGUUGGCCGUCAUCGUCAUCGUCGUCGUCGUCGUUUUCAUCGUCGUCGUCGUCGUCGUCGUUUUCGUUCUUCGUCUUCUUCGUCCUCACUGUCGUCUUCGUUGUCUUCAUUCUCUUCUCCGUCGCGUUCCUCAUCGUCUACUACUCGUCGGACUCGAGUCAACUGGCUUUACUAUGCGUAACUCUUGAUACACAUAUGCAGUCCGUACGUAUGGACGAGGUUAGCACGAUGACCGUUCUACCACCACUACCGGCGAAGACUCAGAGUCGAGAUGGUAACCAAGUCGCUCGGCAGACUGUGUCAAUCCGGACAGCUUCCCCUCCAUCUUCUCCAGCUUUGAGUACAGGUGCUGGAGCAACGGUAUUCGUUGGUUCUCGGGCCGUGGAUCCUACGGCAAGUAUCAAGAGACGAGUCCCGGAAAUACAAACCUCCAACGGCUACGGUAGGCAGACCAUCGUCCAGCAUCAAGAGCAACAACAUCAACAUCAACUACAGCAAGCGUCACAUAUAGUCAAGAUCAAGAUUAAUCCGGAUGGGGAUAAAAACGGGAAGGUGAUAUCAGCGGUAAGAUUGACCUUGGACGGAAACGAGAAGAAUAACGGAGUAACGUGCGAACGUUCGCCCGUAGCGGAGCGCGACGGUGCUGUGUUGGUGAGUGCGACAAAUCUUGUGAACGAGAACCUUCGCGAGAGUGGUGUUGUUGGUGAAGGUUGUGUGAGAAUUAGUGUAGGAGGUGACACCUCAAGAGAUAAGAAAAUUUGCUCGUACGAGCAGGACACCGCGAACAAUAACGAUCAAACCGACAAGAAUAAAAAUAACAGUAACAACAACAACAACAACAACAACAAUAAUCGUAAGAAGAAUAACGAAGUUAUGGUGCAACGCGCGACAUCGGAGACACCGAAUUCUUCUCCCUUGACCAAUCGAUCUAGCAGCUGCAUUUAUUACAAUUCUUUUCAAAAUCCACUUAACACCAUGGUGAUGUCCAGUGGACAGUGUUCACCUAGCGAUACCUUGGAUAGUGGAACUUGCAGCGACUUGGAUGGUACACCUCCUCCUUUACCCAAGAAGAAAAAUAUAAACAAGGAUAUCGGAGGUGGUACCAGGGUUAUACUAUCUGUAGGAAAACACGAUCUUACCGGUAGUUUACUUACUAGUAGCGGCGCUGAAUUAGAUAGCGACGAUAAUGAGAGUAACAUCAGCUGCGAUUCUUUAAACGGUGGCGAGCUUAACGGUAGUAUAGUUUCACGAAAUGUCAAUGGGACCAAAUCUUCAAACGAAAAUGAUCAAGAGAGCGUGGAGUAUCAAGAACGUAUACGUCCAAGAAGUAAUGAUCUUGGAAGAGUAGUCAAGGAUACCGAAGAACGAGUGGAAGAGAUCGAGGAACUCAAUGAUGUUCAUCGGGCUAACUCUGACGAUCUAUUCAGAGAAGAAUCAGCAUCACCUAGCGUUUCUCCAUCCCCUUCUAGAACUUCCUCUUUGUCAAAAGCUUCUUCAACACCAAGAAUUAGGAGUCCAGAGCUUUUCGUUGAUCAAAACGGUAGUGGCACUACCUCUCCGGUAGUUCGAGAAUGCACCUACGAAGAGAGAAAACAAGAACAGGAAAGAAUAGAACAAGAGAAUGCUGCUGUAGAGUUCUACGCGAACUAUAAUCGAUCGAGCGGCAACAAGUAUGUUUACGAUGACGACAGAUUCUACAAGUUCCACUUGAACGAGUUAAGAAACGAUAACAAUGACGAUACAAAUAAAGAAUCUAAGGAACCUGGAGCUCUCGGGGAAAAAGAAACGGAUGAGUGCUUUGCUGGUUACAAGAUUCUCGAAAGGGAAGCCAUACGUAGUGCCAAGGGAACCGUGCGUGGUGUUAAAAACAGAGUUCGCGCUGGAAUAGCAACCUUUCUACAAAAACCAUCUUCCAAGGCUUACAAGGCAAAGGAAGAGGGUAAAGUUGUGGUUUACACCACUUCAUCCGGCAUCGUCAGACUAACGUUCUACAAUUGCAUGAAGGUAAAGCAGAUUCUGAACACGCACAUGGUGAAAUAUGAGGAGAAAGAUCUCUUUCGCAGUGCUGAACUGCAAACAGAGUUGAGAGAUAGAAUAGGUUGCACGGCGAUUCAAGUGCCACAGCUUUUCGUCGGUGGACAGUACAUUGGAGAUGCUGACACCGUUGAACGGCUCAACGAAUCCGGAGAAUUACGUCGAAUGCUUAAACCUUAUCAGAGCGACGGCGCGUGUCCUUCGUGCCUGUUUUGCGGAAAUUAUCGACUGCUGGUCUGUCCCGUUUGCAACGGCAGCAAGAGAUCCGUUCUGCGCAACGACUUCACCGUUGAAUUCGUUGCCUUGAAGUGUAUGAACUGUGACGAGACCGGUCUGGUUCCCUGCCAACAUUGUUGAGAGAAAAGGAGAAGAAAGAGGAAGAAGUAAAAGGGAUUUAUCCCUUUUGGCACAUCGUCAACGUUCGACGCUUUAUCAAGCAACAUAUUAACAAUCAACUCUCCGACUAUCUUUCCUUUCUCUUAUCUCGUGGUGCUAAGAAAAAAAUAUAUAUUUCGAUGAUUAAUUUGACACUAAAUCUACCAUAACCGGUCAAAAUGACCAAUUUAUAUAGUUUAUAUAGAAAAUUUCAACGAAUGAUAAAAUUUCGGUAGAUUUAGAGUUAAAGGUAUUGAGCUGAGAGAAAACAAAAUUAAAAAAUGAGUAAAAGAGAAAGAGAGAGAGAGAUAUAUAUAUUACGCCGAUUAACAGUCUUUCGUGCAACACUCGCGAUUUGUAACAUAUCGGUCAACAAAUAUUAUCUAAAUUUUUGUAAUUUGCCACACACAUACAUACACAAAAACACACACCCGAUAUCGAUCCUUUCUACUUGAUCGUAUAAAUAGAGACUUGCUGGAAUUUUGAAUGUCACGUGAAAGGGGGUAUGUAUCAACAUGGCAUCGCCGAUUAUAGAUAUUUUAUUUA